AUGGUUCGCUCUUCAAUUGCUCUCGCUCUUACAGGUGCUGCGGCUGCCGUCGCCGCGGGCUUCACCUCCGAGUGCACUGAUGUUUCCGUCACCAGCAACUGGCUGAUCGGUACCUGCCCUGACGACGCCGGCGACGAUAUCACGAGCAGUGUCUUCCUGCCCUACAAGCUGGCUAACUCGAAUGGCAAUCUUGAGUGGACCGAGGACGGCAAAUACUACCAAUCAUGCUCGGACUGCACCCUCUCGGGCUCAACCUUCUCCUGCACCUGCCAGAACUCCUCUGGCCGCGGACAAGACGCGUCCAUUGAUCUCGAGGAACACAUCGCAAACUACUCCGGCCACCUCCUCUCCAACCAAACCGGCGCAAUCACGACUAUCCCGUCCAACUCCUCCACCCCCGUUCCAACCGACUUCUCAGCCACCCUCGCCCUCUCCACCCUCGACUCAACCUGCGACUCAAAGGCCGCCACUGUCUCCCUGAACAGCCCGACCGACUGCUCGUACAUCAACCUCGGCGUCUCGGUCUCGUAUCUCUCUGGUGAAACGGCCAGUAACCAGGGGUAUGAGGUUAAACUUUACUCGGACCUGGAGUGCACGAGUGAGGUUGUGGGGAUCUUUACUGAGAGUAACGAUGGAACGUGUGUUGGGUUUGAGACGGAGGCUGUGGCUUGGUCGAUUACGCCGUUGUGGAAUGCGGAUUGGUAG